GAUCAUCCUGAAGCGUCCGCCUUCUCCGAGUCGUCCUAGUAUUAGUUGGAAAGACAUUGAAAAUCUUCUGAUAAGGUGGGGGAUUUUUGAUCAUUCACGUUAGUGUUGUAGCCAACCUUGUCCUGAGCAGCUCUCUUUCUCUCUCUCUUGUUGAGACAUCCUCGCACUCACUCUGGGAUUUUGCCUGACUGUCCUGGAUGGAUCCAACAACGAAAGUGUUGUCUUUGAAAGCAUCCAUGGCGAUGUGAUUCCGCUUUGAACUGCUUUCCCUCUGCAUAUCGGCUUCAUCCUCAACAUCAUCCUCCUCUUGCAAGUCGAUUUGGGCGGUGUCUGCUCCCAGUUUCAUUGACCAAACAGAUUUCGUGCUUGGUGUCUCAAAUCUUAGUUGAACUGGAUUCAAGAAAUCCCAUUAUGAAGAUCCGAAGAGAUCUGGGAACACUAUGGAUGCUUCCAUGGGUUGCUCUCAUGAUGCACGUCUUGAUUAUAGAUCAAGCUCAAGGAGUGGAGAUCAUCGAUUUGGUCAUGCCCGAGACGGCCGAGUCGGGAAACGACUCGGAGAUUAUCCUGGAUUGUGAUUAUGAUUUCAGUGACGAGGAGCGAAGCCAGUUGGAUGUCAAAUGGUACUUUAACGGCGAUCAUAUGCCGUUUUUCCAAUGGGUCCCGGGCCAGGGUCGAAAGCCUCAGCUGAUUGGCGAGAGAUUUGCCAACCAUAUUGACCUCGAUUUUGUGGCACAUGAGGAUGAGGCCAAGCAAUAUCGAGCCUUGAAGAUUAUCAACCCGAGUUCAGAGCUCUCCGGAUCAUAUCGAUGCAAGGUGUCCACACUCAUCGAUGAGGACUUUAAACAGAAAGACCUCAUUGUCUAUGUUCCACCUGAGAGCAUCGAUCUCGAGUUGGAGGCCUUUGAAGACUUGGUGAAUCUCACUUGUUUGGUCAGUGGUGUCUUUCCUGAGCCAAUGUUGAGCAUUAGUUGGGAAGGAUAGAAUGAGUCUGCCUACGAACUAAACGACGACCUAAUCAUCUUGGAAAACCCCAACAAUGCCAAAUACUUUGACGCCCUUCUUAGAAUUGAGAUCAACCACACACAAUUGGACAUGGAGCGAGAAACGGUGUUCGUUUGCCAAAUCGCUCUACCUCCCACCAAUUUCUCCAUGGCCGAAGAGAUGGUUUUUGUUGCUCCCAAAACUGAGAUAGAGGAGAUCUUUGAAGAUGACAACGACGACGACGACGAAGGGGAUGCUGAUGACGCAGAGAAUCCUGAAGAGGUCGAAGAACUGAAGCAUGUUGUUGAGGUUGAAAUCAUCAAGGAAGUUGCGCGUUCCAAGUAUGAUCCCGAUAAUGAUCCCUACAAUGGAGGAUUAGGAGGGCCCUCGAACCCAGCAAACCGUGAUCGGUAUUUGUUUUGGACAUGCAUCGCGGUCUUAUUCUACUCCUUGAGCUCCAAUCUUCGUCCUCAUUCAGUGGCAUUGAGAGCGAGGUAUUAAAAUAAAGCAAACCAGCGAGACUCUCUGGGGGGUCAUGCUUCUGAAAGCCAUUUCAAAUUCAAUACGUGCCUUAUGAAAGAGCCUUGUUCCAAACUCUUACUUUUCUUGGCUUGCUUCCGGAUCAAUGGAUCAAACUCGCCCACACUUCCAGAAAUGGCUGUGACAACAAAUAAAGACUCACCAGGUGAUAGCAGCACGGCCAAAGGCUAUUCAAACACUUUCUCCCGUAUGUGCAAUGACGUCCAAUCUUCAUUUUACGCGUCCAACCAAAUCUGGUCGAUCCUGCCCCUUUCGAAUGAUUGAUUCUACAAAAUAUUAUUGUCAAUUCAUGAAUGAGAUUCCUUUGUAACAUACCAUUCUUACUAGUCGUGUAACCAAGUGUCGCCUCCCCUUUUUAUGAGCUAUUGGAUUGCUUUCGAUCCCUCUAAUAUAAAAUACAUCUGAAA